AUGGAGAGUAAGGGUUGUAAGCCUGAUGGUUUUGUUGUUUUUCGAAGGAUUUUGAGGCGGGGUUUAAGACCAAAUGUUGCGACUUUCACUUAUUUGAUUAAAGGUUUGUGUUUAGAGAAUAGGAGUUUGGAGGCUAUGGAGUUGUUCAAGAAAAUGGCUGUGUUUGGGGUCAGGCCUGAUGCGAUUACAUAUAGGACCUUGAUCAAGGGGUUGUGUCAGACAGGGAAUACUAGCGUUGCGGUUGGAUUGCAUGAAGAAAUGGGUGCUAGUAAUGGUGAAGGGGAUGUUAUCUUUAAGCCUGAUAUUGUUUCUUAUUGUAGUAUUAUAGAUGGUCUUUGUAAAGAUGAAUUGGUUGAUAAGGCAAAAGAAUUGGUCUUGGAAAUGAAGGGGAAGAGAAUUAAGCCAGAUGUGGUUGUUUUUAACUCUCUAAUUUAUGGUUGGUGUUUUGUGGGAAAUUUGGAGGAGGCUGAAGGCUUGUUUGUUGAGAUGGCGGAUCAAGGCUUGCACCCUAACUCACUGAUGUAUGAUACAAUGAUAAGUGGGAUUUGCAAGGAGGGAAAGAUAAAGGAGGCUAAUUGGUUGUUUGAAUUUAUGAUCCGAAGAGGUUUGGAAAUUAGAGAAUGCUAUGAGUCUUUACAAGGAAAUGAUUUGAAAGGGAAUUAA